UUUCCUGGACCAUGGCUUCUAAAGCAUCAUCUGGCAUCACUGUUGUUGCUCCCAGAGGCUCCAGUAACCUCACUACAAGUCCUGUGCUAACCACUGUCCCACCCAGCUUCAUUGAAGGACUUAUCAACAAAAUCCCAUUACCCAGAUGGGCUCUCAUUGCAAUUGCUGUAGCAGCAGGCUUAGUCCUGCUACUUUUCCUUAUCUGUAUCAUCAAGUGCUGCUGCUGCAAGAAGAAACGGAAGAAGAAGGAGAAACUCAACUUAACAAACAUCAAUGGUGCCUCCACAACAGCCAGCUUGUUAAAGGUUAGCGUGAAGCAGGCAGCAGAUCUAAAGGCCAUGGACAGUGGAGGUACCUCUGAUCCCUACGUGAUUGUCUUCCUGACAUCUGACAUAAGGAAGAAGUAUGAAACAAAGGUCCAUCGUAAGACACUCAGCCCUGUUUUCAACGAAAGCUUCAUUUUUCAGGUCUCCCGAGCAGAGGUGACUGAAGCUAUACUGGUCAUGCAAGUGUAUGAUUUCAACCGCUUUUCCAAGCAUGACAUAAUUGGCGAGGUGACUCUGCCUCUUGUGGAUGUGGACUUACAGCAUGUAAUGGAACAAUGGCUUGAUCUCUCUCCAGCUGGCAAGAUAGAGCAAGAGCACCUUGGAGAAAUCUGCUUCUCACUGCGAUAUGUCCCCACUACCAGCAAAUUAACGGUAGUUAUCUUGGAAGCCAAAAAGCUCAAGGUUAUGGAUGCAGAUGGAUUAUCAGACCCAUAUGUCAAAGUGCAACUUAUUCUGAACAAAAAGAAAUGGAAGAAAAAGAAGACAACUGUGAAGAAAAACACCUUGAGCCCCUAUUUCAAUGAGGCCUUUGUUUUUGAAGUGCCUUUCAACUUGAUCCAGAAUGUGGACCUGGUGAUCUCAGUCUGGGAUCAUGACAAAGUGACCAAGGAUGACCAGAUCGGAAAGUUGUUUCUCAGCUGCCGAGCUACAGGGAACCAGUUGCGCCACUGGUCAGAUAUGCUGGCUAAUCCUCGUAGGCCUAUCGCACAGUGGCAUAGCCUGCAGCCUGUGGAAGUUAUGGACAAAACUCUGGGACUGAAGACACGCUUCAAACUGCCACUACCCACCAGCUAACCCAACCACCCCAAACAGUUCUCUCUAUGCCUCUCCACUCCAGAAGGAAACCCACAGCUAUUAUUUAUGAAGGAAAACCUGAUAGCACAAAUCGCCACAUCCGGUUCAGUUAAAGAUAUAGCUGUAAUUAUUCUAGGCAAGGGAAGGCAAGGCAAGACAUUAUGCCACUGAAUCCCACAUUUAGGUAACCAUAGUUAUCUCAAAGGGAUGUGGUGACUCAGUGGCUAAGACGCUGAGCUUGUCGAGCAGAAAGAUUGGCAGUUCGGCAGUUCGAA